AUGCCCAUCGCUCGCAGGGACCACAGUUCUCUCCAGUUUCCUUGUGGUUACUUACACUGCACACGUCAUUUCAAGACUCAGGGAGGGCACAAAAAACAUUGGAACACUUCACACCCGAUAUUCAGACCAGCUCCUGCUACCACCAGCAUCUCGCACACCACUACAGUUGAAGAGCAGCCUGAAGUACUGGAUGGCCACUUUCCAGCAGGUCAUGAUGACAUCUCUGCAGGCGGUGACAAUUUUCCUGAGGGUAUAUCUGACCCAAGUCCAGCACUUGAUGAGCCUGACAUUCCAGAUGAUUUGAAUGCAGAAUUUUUUGGGCCAGGUGAUAGAUUAUACCACAACUAUCACCCCAAACUAAAUGCUCGUCCUUGCAACGUGACAGGACGAUUCCUUGCAGAUGGAGCGCCCCCAACACCACCUCCAAUCAAGUCACCCAAUGACUGGGCUCCAUAUCGAAAUCGUGUUGAGUUUGAGACUGCGGAAUUUCUUUACACGCGCAACCAAAUGUCUGCCGGAGACAUCAAUACUUUAUUGGAUCUUUGGGCUGCAACCCUCCUCAAACACAAUGACAAACUUCCAUUCGCAGACUACUACCACGAUUUGUAUAAAACUAUUGACGCUAUGCCAGUAGGUGAUGUCAAAUGGCAAUCCCUCAAGGUCCAGUACACUGGGGAGAAGCCCAAAACCAAUGUACUACCCUGGAUGGACCAAUUCCACGAUGUUAUUUGGAACAUGUUGGGGAAUCUGGACUACACUACAGAGAUGGAUUAUUGGCCCUACCAUGAGUAUUCGACUGAUGGCAAUGAACACCAAUGGCAGGACUUCAUGUCUGGUGACUGGGCAUGGAACCAAGUGGAAACUAUUUCUGAAGAUCCGGAUACACUUGGCUCGACAUUUGUGCCGGUUGUACUCGGAAGUGACAAGACAACAGUCUCAGUGGCGACUGGUGCCAAUGAUUACUAUCCCUUGUAUGUAUCAAUCAGGAAUGUUCGUAAUAAUGUCCGACAUGCACAUCGUGAUGCUGUUGCCAUCAUUGGCUUCCUCGCUAUGCCAAAAACUACAGAGGAGCAUGCAAAAGACCCAAAAUUUCGGAAAUUCCAUCGGCAACUCUUUCAUUCAUCUGUCGCCAAGAUUCUCGAGAAUCUAAGGCCUGGCAUGACCACACCAGAGGUUGUACACUUCGGUGACAGACACUAUCGGCAUGUAAUUUAUGGCCUUGGACCAUACAUUGCAGAUUACGAGGAGCAGGUUCUACUAGCGUGCAUAAUGCUCGAUUGGUGUCCAAGUUUAGACACAAAGUCAUUGUGUCGUCGUCGUGACCAUACAGAAGUGUUAGUUGAAGAGGCAACCUAUGGUGCUUUGUGGACGGAGUAUGGGAUCGUUGGCGACCUUGUUCCGUUCACAAACAAUUUUCCAUGCGGCGAUAUUCACGAACUUAUCGUGCCAGAUAUCCUGCAUCAAUUGAUUAAGGGAACCUUCAAGGAUCACUUAGUCAAGUGGGUUGGACAGUAUCUGCAACACGUCCAUGGUACGAAAGAAGCAGAGAAAAUUCAGGCUGAUAUAGAUCAAAGAAUUGCUGCAGUUGCUUCAUUUGCAGGUCUCCGACGAUUUCCAGAAGGUCGGGGAUUCAAACAAUGGACGGGCGACGAUUUGAAAGCACUCAUGAAGGUUUAUUUACCUGCCAUCGAAGGUCAUGUCCCAACAGAUGUGGUGCGCAUGUUUCGUGCAUUUCUCGAAUUUUGCUAUCUCAUAUGGCGCAACAUCAUUACAGAAUCUACUUUAGGUCAAAUUCAGGAGGCUCUUGACCGAUUCCAUCAUUACAGGCAGAUAUUCGAAUCUAUGGGUGUUGUCUUCAUGUUCUCUCCCCCUCGGCAACACUCUUGUUCCCACUAUAUCCUCCUUAUCCGACUUUUUGGUGCGCCCAAUGGCCUUUGCUCCUCAAUCACCGAGAUGAAACACAUCAAAGCUGUCAAGGAGCCAUGGAGGCGCUCAAGUCGCUACAAAGCCCUUGGUCAGAUGUUGGUGACAAACCAGCGCCUCGUUAAGCUUGCAGCAGCACUCAUUGAUUUCAAGAACCACGGGAUGUUGAAUGGCACCUGUCUGUCUGUGACACUCAAGGCAUUAAUGCCAGUACUCUUCAAUGCUGAUGUUACUAUACAGGGUGAUAAUGAAGAUGGCGAAAUUGACAAUGGCCCAACACUGGUGCAGGCUCACGUUCAGUUGGCAAAGACCCAUUGUAAGCUAUUUCAUAUUUUACAAAUCGCAGAAAAAUGUGCAUGCACUAUACCCGAGCUAUCCAUGGAACUCUCUAUCCCCAAUCUCUACAAUAUCCUCCACCGCUUCCUAUUCGAACAAGUGUACCCAGACAACCAGUGCCCUCCCUCUGAAGUCCGGCUUUCGAGAUGUCCUCGAUUUGAUGGCAACAUCCAAGUCUUCAAUUCUGCAUCUUCAACAUUCUAUGCACCCAGCAACUGCAGUGGAAUUGGUGGUAUGCGCCAUGAGCAUAUUCGUGCCUGUCCUAUGUGGAGAAACGAGGCGCCCCAGUAUGACUGUGUGUUUUUUAACACAGAUGCAAGUGUUGAAGGGAUGGGGGGCAUGGAGAUAGCAUGUGUAAUGUGUUUUUUUUCUUUCACAUUCAAUGGAGUUUCGUAUCCGUGCGCUGUGGUGCACUGGUUUGACAAAGCCAGUGACAGACCUGACCAGGACACUGGGAUGUGGAUUGUGACACCUUUGUUUGAUACUGACCAUUCUUUUUCUGUUGGAAUCAUCCAUAUUGAUUCUAUUUACCAUGCCGCACACCUCAUUCCAAUCUAUGGAGCACAGAUCAUUUCAUGCGACAUCAAGCACUAUGACUCAUAUGACGCUUUUCAAGCAUUCUAUCUGAACAAGUUUGCAGACCAUCAUGCUUUUGAGAUCGCGUCCUAG